CAUUACAAAUGCUCACUGGUAUUUUUCAUCUGAGCUCUCUCUCUUAUUGCCACUCAUGGCUUCCGCUCCAAAACUCAUUUCCUUUUUCUUCCUCUUAGCCUUUUUCUUUAUGCAAACUUAUGCUAGAGAGAGUCAGUUCUUUAGCAAGGUCCCUGUCACCAACCCCACCCCUACCACCACCAUCAACAGCAAAGAGGUUGCAACGAUCCCCAAUAAAGAAGAGAACUUGAACAAGCAAGAAGAAGAACCAACCUUCAUGCGAGAGACCCAAAAAAAUGGUUAUGGCUUGUAUGGUCAAGAAUCCACCCAAACCCAGUUUCCCACUACCACCAAACUAGGUAAUGCACCCUACACCACCAGCACUUACAGCCCCUACAGAACCCAGAUCCAAAACCAAGAAACCUCCACCAGCUACCCCAACACCAACACCAAUUACUACGAUAAAAAUCGAUACAGCAACAAUGCAUUCGAGGAGGAGCAACAAAAUUUGGGUGAAACAAGCCUCCAUGAAAGAAGCUAUACCCCCAAAACCAACCAGAACAACAACUACUACUACAAUGGUGCAAAUGGGUACAAAAACGAAGGGAAGCAAGGCAUGAGUGACACCAGGUACUUGCAAAAUGGAAGGUACUUCUUUGACCCCAAGGGUGGGAACAGCUAUUACAACCCAAAUCAGUACCAGACUUCAAGAAACAAUUACGAUUCUAGGGGUUCUUACUACAAUAAUUAUGAGAAUACCAACGAGUACAGCAACUCCGCGGAAAGCUACCAGAACCAGGAGAACUUCCAAGAGGUCCAAGAUGAGCACUACGUGCCUUGAGUUAAAUCUUGUUUGGUCUUGUGAUCAAGAGUUUUACUCGAGAAAAAUUAUGAGCUCGGUUCAACUAUAACUAAUGGGUUGGUGUUAUUAGAUGUUAAUUUAAAUAUAUGUUCUUAUGGAAGGAGAAAUAUAUAUUGAUUUAUGUGGUUA